AUGAUGUGUGUUUACUGGGAUUUCAAAGCCAAUGAUGGAAACGGAGGAUGGUCCGUAUGGAAUUCAGUAGUUAAGUCAAACAUCUCCCAUUUUCGACACACAGCCCUGGUUAACAUUUCUUUGUCUCUGCUUAUUGCAGACUGCUGCUUUUUGUCAAAUUCUUUACAAGGUAACAAGGGUGGUGGUAAAGUCUGUUUAGCUCUAGCAAUGGGCAUGCAUGUUUUUUUCUUAGUGAUGUUUUUUUGGAUGCUCUGUCAAAGCAUGAUGCUCCUUCACCAAAUGAUUUUCCUCUUUCAACAACUGAGAAAGAGAAUUUACCUAUCUUUUUCAUUUGCUCUUGGCUACUUAUGCCCAAUAUGCAUUGUGAUUGGAACAUAUAUGUUACAUCCUGAUAAAUACUACAGGAAAGAUUCCUGCUGGCUAACGUAUGAAGGGGGAAUGAAUGGAUCCAUUUUUGCUUUUGUUCUACCUGUUGGAAUCAUUGUUAUCAUCAAUGCUUUUACUUUGGUUGUGGUCAUUUUAAAGCUGUUGAGACCUUCUGUAUCAGAAGGAGAUAAAGCAGAUGACAAGGAAGCUGUGAAAAGUAUAAUGAAAGCAGUUAUUAUCCUGACUCCAGUAUUUGGAUUAACAUGGGCUCUGGGAUUCCUUACUAUGAUAUUUGACCUUCCUGAGACAUUUGGAGCUAAAGCAGUUCACUACUUAUUUUCUAUAUUGAACUCAUUCCAGGGCCUGCUUAUUUUGAUAACUGGGUGCUUUACAGAGAAAAAGGUGCGAGAUGCCCUCUUGAAACGGGUGAACUCUCUGUAUGCUACACAGUCCAAGAGUGAAACCUCAAGUUCUAUAAAGAAGUGAAGAAAGUAACAGUGACAGAUUGGAAAGAAAGAACCCGGAAUGCAAUAUUGGGCCCUCUUUACAAGGAUAUUUAAAUAAGUCAAUGGUUUAUUAUUAAAAUAAAGGUUGUUAUGAAUGAAACUCCUCUAGACUGUUGUUAAAAAAGCGAGCAGCAGCCUAGAGUAGUGAUGUAUGCUGCAAAUGUGCUGUAGUCAUUGUUGCUACCUUGUUUAGAAACUCAUCUUUUUUAAGCAUUAGAAAAACAUCCAUUCUGGCAUUUUCAGUUUUAACUCAUUAGUAAUUACACACUAUUUACAAUUCAUUUGCACAAUAAAACCUGGGGCUCCUGCCCUACCACAGUCAGGCAAUUAAGAAAAAUAAUAACUGCAUAUUUAAGCAACAAAACUCAAAACCACUUAGAAUGAUUACAUCAUCAUAAAACCCAACUUAUAGCAAUGCAAAUUAUCAAUAAAAAUGACAUUUUCAUAUUUCCUCUUUUUUCUGGUUGUUUCUUUUUGUA